AUGAAAACAUAUUGGCUUGUCGGAAAGAAAGAGAUCAAGGAACAAGAUCUGUCCAAAUGCCCCUUCAUCUCUAUAAUGGAAGAAGAAGUCAGAAGUCGCAACAGAGAUGAAAAGAUCGACUCUAGCAACAGUCGUCUGAAUAUGGAUGCCGGAUACCCAGUCUCGAGCAGUCCUCUUCCGUACUCGCCCGUUUCCUUCAAAGAUGUUUUGGAGGAAAGGAACAGCCCUGGAGGACGCAAGAUUUCUGCAGCUUCUGUGGAUGGCGAAGGGAAUCGUGCAGGCGCCAACAGAUUCCCGCGAGGAUCUAAAGAUCUCCCUCCUGGUUGUCCGUUUGCUAUGGGUCUGUUUGGUGACCUUCCUUCUGGUGAUUCGGCUCCAAAAGAUUCAGAAAAGCAAUCUCCUGGAAAAAAAAACUUCGACAAGGGUUCGCCAGUAAAAAAAAAGUCCCCGGACAUCCCCCACGUCUCAGCCGAAAAGAACAGUAGCGCCAUCACGUCAAAACUGCCAGCAAUUGCCGUCACUCAGUCGCAAUCUACCCUGAAGACUUCAAACCCACAACCAACUUCUAAAAAUGAGCGUAACGCUAACAACAACAAAAUCAUCAAAACUUCACCAACGUUGAAAGAUAUUAUUAUAGCACAGUCUGUGACAUCCUCAAAACCACCAGUCAUAGACCUAAAAACACAUUUUCCAGUUAAACAUUUGACAGAUGUUAUUCAUCCGUCGCAACCGGUAACGCAAAAUAAUCACACUCAGCAGCCGAAAGCAAUAGACUCGUCAUUUAGAACAACGUUAAACAAUUCUGUGCCAUCGAAAGACAAAAGUACGUCUUACCUAAAAAUCCAUCCAUCCCAAUGUUAUACUGAAUACCAUUUUUUUUUAAUUCUAGCUAUAUUUAGCUUUGUAAUUUGCAUAUCUUAG